AUGCUUGAAGAAGAUAUUAUAGCUUUAAUAGAGGAAGAGAAGGCCAUCGAAGAAGAUUUAAAAGCCUGUGAAGAAAGUCUGGAGAAUAUAGGAGCUCUGGCCAUCCGGAUACAAUCGUUUUCUAGAUCUGUUUCCAGUUUGGAAACAAACAACCCUGAAGUGGAACGACUAUCUAAGCAAGCCGAUUUGUUUAACAAGUCUAUUCUGAGACUUGGAAGCCAGAGAUCUAAGAAAAGAAAUGAGGAAAAAGAGGAGAUGGCCCGAUCCAAUAUAAAUGUAGAUAGGGAAUACAUGGAGAACACAAGUGUGCCCCAGCCGGUUAGUGAUGAUGACUUUUUUUCGUCCAGCACAAAAAGGAUAAAUGAUGUUCUUAUGAAUGCAAUGGAUGCAUUUGAGACUGUCAAGAGGCAAAAUAUAUAUAUAAACAGAACGAGCGAAAGGAUAAAGACUGCACUUGAACGAAUAGGCCUUAGCAAACAAUUGGUUGAUCAGAUCGACAAAAGGUAUCUAUCCGACAGAGUCCUUUUCAUGGGAGGAAUUGUUUUACUGGUUAUUAUGUUUUUCCUUCUUAGGUUUUUCUUAUAG